UCCGGGUGGGCGGGGCCUGUCUCCUCGCGGCCGCCGCCAUGUCUCCGCGCAAUGGCCGCCGCACCGGCGCGCACCGGGCGCACUCCCUGGCGCGGCAGCUGAAGACCAAGCGGCGGCGCCGGGACCUGGAUCAGAUCCACGGGGACCUGCGGCCGGAGAUCGCGGAGCGGCUGCUGCGGCAGGAGCCGGACCCCGACCUGCCGGGAUGCGCGCAGUUCUACUGCCUGCACUGCGCGCGCUACUUUGUGGACCUGACGAGCAUGAAGGAGCACUUCCGGUCCAAGGUGCACAAGAAGAGGCUGAAGCAGCUGCGGGAGGCACCGUACACGCAGGAGGAGGCUGAGCGUGCCGCGGGGAUGGGGUCCUACAUCCCCCCAGGGAAGGUGGAGGUGCAGACCCAGCCACUGGAGGAGGUCACUGAGAUGGAGGCAUCGGGCUGAGCACCGAGGGCUGGGGCAGAGUGGCUCUGUGGGGGUGCCUUUGUCUUCAGCUGUGUGAGAACGUCCCAGCAGGCAAACACUGCUCUGGCAGCGCUGCUGUGCAUGGCUCUGAUGAGGAGAAAGCCAGCGAGACCCCAGGUGCCCCCAUCUUCCCAGGGCAGGGGCAGGCUGCUUGUUCCCUCGGUGCUGGCAGGACUGUGCACUCCUCUCUUUGUUGUGGAGCGGUUUUGGGCCCCUCUCCAUGGGUCAGUGGUUACCCCAAAGACUCCUCUAUUAAAACACAUCAGUGACCAGCC